AUGAGUACCACUUAUCAAUUUAACAAACUCAUCGCUGACAUCAAUCUCAUUAUAGACCCUUCAAUAAGAAAAAUUCUUUUAGAAAUUGUUAGUAUUAUUAACCAGCUUGUUAAUGUCUCGACAAACCAAAUAACAGAACAAAUCAACUUUAAUUAUUCCAAUAAUGAUUUAGAAAAAGGAAUUAUAAAAAUGGAAGAAUGGAAUAAUUGUAAAGCAACAGUUAUUUAUGACACUGAGAUAAGUCAAUGUAAUAUAAAAGAAGUAUUAAGAAAAGAGAAUAAAUGGGGAAUUAUUUGUGUUGAUGAAAAAGAAAGGAUAUUUGGUUGUUCAAAAUAUUUAUCUAAUCAAUGUUUAUGGGUAAAUAAUUCAAUUGGUACUUAUGAACGCUUACAACCUAUUAAUAAUGAAGAGUAUAUGAUUUCUAUUUGUAAUAAUGAACAAAUGAUUUUAAGUAUUGGAACUGGAUGUUGUAAAUUAGUUAUUGGAAAAGAAGGAACAAAAAACAGUUAUUCCUACUUUUUGAACUUUCUUUUUCCAAACUCAUUCUUUACUGAUAUGAAGAAAUUUAUUGUUAAAAGAAUUGUAGUUAUAAAGUUAAAUUGA